CAGUCUGUCCGCAGUGGUCAUCAUCUCCUGCACUGUGGCCGCUGUGUCCGCAGUCUCUGGUCAUCUCUGGUCAUCCCUGUCUCUGGUCAUCUCCUGCACUGUGUCCGCAGUCUCUGGUCAUCUCCUGCACUGUGUCCGCAGUCUCUGGUCAUCUCCUGCACUGUGUCCGCAGUGGUCAUCUCCUGCACUGUGUCCGCAGUCUCUGGUCAUCUCCUGUACUGUGGCCAGCAGAGGUCCUGGUCAUCUCCUGUACUAUGUCUGCAG